AUGAAAUCCUUGUAUGCCCGAUAUGGUAUUCCGGAUGAAAUUGUUCCUGACAAUAUGCCCUUCGCAAGCAAGGCCUUCCGUAAUUUUGCAAGUGAGUGGGGAUUCGAGGUAUCCACAUCUAGUCCCAGAAACCCUCAGUCUAAUGGAAUGAGUGAGAGAGCACUUCAGACCAUCAAAAACUUACUUCGAAAGGCUUUUGAAGAUGGCAAUGAUCCCUACGUAGCUCUCUUAGAAUAUAGAAACACACCUAUAUCUGGACUGAAGGAGUCGCCUGCUCAGUUACUAAUGAGUCGCAUGUUGACGUCCAAACUGCCUACCCAGAAGCUGCGACAACGGAGUGAUAAGCAGAAGGUGUACUAUGAUCAGAAUGCCAAACCACUGCCAAUUAUUAAGGAAGGUGAAACAGCUAGAAAAAGAAAAGGAAAGACUUGGGAGCCUGCCAUUGUUACUCCACAGCAUACUACUCCAAGUUCCUUCAUGGUUACAACACCCGAUGGUACUGCCUACCGACGAAACCGUUGUCACCUGCUCCCAACAGAUGAGUCUCCCCUAAUGAUCGCGGGACCACCUACUGAUCUGCAAGCCACACCCUUAGCAGAAGCCGACCCACUGGUUGGUGUUGCACCACCUGAUGAUGCCAUCCCUUCCCUGGACCCAUCCAACUAA